GCCUUCAGUCCAGAGCGGUGAAGAUGUCAGACGGCAGGAUCUUCGUUCUGGUCCUCUCAGUUGUGUCUCUGAUGUCCUCGUGGUGCGUUCAGGGCCUGCGUGUCAACGUUUUCCCCGGUACGCCGCUGUUCAGGCUUGGCGAGCGUCAGCAGCUGGUCUGUCAGGUUCAGGACUGUCUCACGACGCCGAGCAUGUCCUGGUUUUGGUUGGGUGACCGUCCUCUGUCCUUACCAGUCGACACCAACGGGACUCGCUCAGUGCUGACCUUUGACCCCGUGAGGAUGGAUGACGAAGGAACGCUGGUGUGUAAAGUCCUCUGUGGAGACGAUGUCCGACUGAAACAGAUCUCUGUGAGGGUUUACUCCUUCCCCUCAGACCCAGUAAUCACAGGUCAGGACCAGAUGAGACUGGAGAUGGAGCCCACACUGACCUGCCAGGUGUCUCACCUGUACCCCACUGACCAGCUGACCCUCACCUGGCUCAGAGGAGACACCAUUCUGAAGACCACCAUGGGAGACCUAAAGUUCAGCCUGUUUUGGUCAGAGCAUAAACUCCUGAACCAGGACUCAGGACAGAACAUCACCUGCAGGGCCACGCUGGAACUGGAGGACCUGCCAGCUGAAAAUAGGACCAGAGAGACCACCGUCUCCCUAAAUAUCCUCUAUGCUCCUGUUAUCGUGAAGGUUUUAAACUCGGUGAUUAUGAAAGAAGGCUCUCCGCUCACUCUUAGCUGUUCAGCCGAGGGGAACCCGGCCCCGAAUGUCUCCUGGAGCUUCAGAACGAUGGAGGGAUGGCCUCUGGAAAGGGGUCAAGGAAGUCGUCUAGUCUUCACGGCAGUGAGACUUUCUGAUGCCGGGCAGUACGAGUGUGAGGCUCAAAACACAGAAGGAAACCACACAGUUGUUGUAAACGUCACAGUUCUAGCUCCGCCCACCAAUACCUCCCUGUCAGUGAGUCCAGGUGAGGAGGUGAUGGAGGGUCAAGAGGUGAUAUUUACUUGUUACUCUGAUGGGGGUCCUCCCCCCACAUUGAACCUGAGAAAAGAGGGGGAGGAGCCUCUUGUUACUGACUCCACCUCCUCACUCAGCUACAGCAUCCCUGCUGCUUCCCUGAGAGACUCCGCCCUCUACCUGUGUGAAGCCUCAAACCAGUUUGGCUCCCAGCUGGUGUCCAAGAACAUCACAGUUAAAGCUCACCCCCUGCAGGUGGAGGCCAGCCCUCAGGUCUCGGCAGAACGAGGAUCGGCCUUGAUCCUAUCCUGUAGGGCCUCCGGAUGCCCGCAGACUCCCACCCUCAGCUGGAGGAGGACGGACCAGAACCGGACAGUUCUCCAGAGGACGCAGCAGCAGGACGGGCUGUCCCAGCUCCACCUGCAGGAGCUGGACCUCCAGCACCAGGGAGGGUACAGCUGCGAGGCUGAGUGCGACUCGGUCAUCAGGACCAGAGAGAUCCACGUGCACGUCUACUCGUUCCCAUCUGAUCCGGUUCUGGAGGAUCCGGGUCCCAUCCUGCUGGGCCUGGAGGCGGAGCUUCGAUGUGACGUCGCCAACGUGUUCUCAGCCGACCAGCUGAGGGUCCGCUGGCUGUCGGGAAACACCACCCUGAUGUUGGAGUCCUUCAAAUUCUCCGGCUCUUUACAGAACCUCUCUUCAGUUCUGAAGUACCGGGUCGAUGAGGUCCUGCAGGUUCUGACCUGCAGGGUGGAGCUGCUGACGGAGAGUGGAGGCGUUUGGAGGUCCAGAAGGACCAGCAUCCCUCUGCAGGUCCACUAUCCUCCAAGGACGACGUCUCUGUCUGUGAGUCCAGGCGAGGAGGUGAUGAAGGACGAGACGGUGACCUUCACCUGCCGCUCCGAUGGAGCUCCGCCCCCUACGCUGGUGCUGAAGAGGAACGGGGAGGAGCUUCUGAGGAUUGACUCCGCCUCCUCCCCAUCGCUGACCUUUAACCUCUCCUCCACGCUGCUGGAGGACUCCGGCUGGUACCAGUGCGAGGCCUCGAACCAGUACGGCUCCCUGCUGGCCUCCAGGAACAUCACCGUCAAAGCUGCCCCGAGGAACACCACGGUCCUUGUCCUGCCAUCUACGGUGGUCCAGGAGGGACAAAACAUCACUGUCUGCUGCCAAACCAUCAGCUUCCCUCCGUCUGCAGUGAUCCUGAAGAAACUGAACAACGGACUGGAGCUUUAUUCCACCAACGGCACCUUCCUGCUGAUCAACGUCACCGCCAGAGACUCGGGCUUGUAUCAGGUCACCGUGUCCAACGGCCUCGGGUCCGAGAUUAAAAACUUCAGCCUCAGCGUCAGAGUUACAAUGAGACCUCUGGGCAGCGGCGUCGUCAUCGUCCCGGCUCUCUGCGUCGCCGCCGGACUCGCAGUGUCCGCACUGAUCUUCGACUACAUCAGGAGGUCCAGGAAGAAGGGUUUUUACCAGCUGCCCCAGUCGGCUCCACCUUCAGCCUGA